AUGACAUAAUAAGAUAACCUCAAAAUAUCAUUCCUUCAUUUCAUUUCUUAUAAUGUAUAUUUAUUGAAAUACCUAAAAAAAUACAAUAUAGCCUAUAUUAAUAAUUUCUAUAGUCGUUUAAUUAUUAAAUGUGCUAAAUAAAAGGCCCUCCGCAAUGUCACUGCUCAGAUCUACUAAGUUUGUGCGAUAUUUUACUGGUGCGGCAAGAACUCUCAUACUAAACAGUGCAAAAACUGCAGAAACCAACAUUUUAAUAAACUCUAAAGCGUUGAUUGGUGCUAACAAUGUUUUAACACGAGACUAUGCUACAUCCAAAAAAACUGAGACCCUUGAACCACUCCUACAAAAAUUGGACUCCGAAGUACGGAGAUUUGGGCGAAUAACUAAGAAAGACAUAGAUGAAGUAUUCGAUGAGAUUCGUUCUAAAAAUGAUAUCACAAGUUCACAAUCACUGCUGGUCAUCAGAUGCUGUGGUGAAUUAGUACCAGAAGAGCUUCCGGAACAAAGAACACUACUAGUUCAGAAAAUAUGGAAUGUUCUUACAGAGAGGGGUAUACCCAUGGAUAUCUCUCAUUACAAUGCUUUACUCAGGGUAUACAUUGAGAAUGAACAUCAAUUCUCACCUGCUAAGUUUUUGGAUGAAUUAGAGAAGAAAGGGUUACAACCAAACAGAGUAACAUACCAAAGACUUAUGUGGCGCUACUGUCAAGAAGGUGAUGUUGAGGGAGCAACUAAGGUUCUAGAAAAAAUGAGGGAACUGAACUUUCCUGUUUCUGAACCUGUAUUAAAUGCUUUGGUAAUGGGCCAUGCUUUCCACGGGGAUACUGAGGGUGCCAAAGCUGUUCUGGAAACUAUGGCAGGAGCUGGUCUUGAACCAACAAACCACACAUAUACAUUAUUAGCCUGUGGUUAUGCCAAAAAAGGUGACAUUGAAGGUGUUAAGAGCACUGUUGAGGCAGCAACCCAAAAAGAUGCCUACAUGACUGAUAAGGAUAUUUUGGAUAUCAUAGAACAUCUUGCAAUUGGAGCACAUGAGGAUAAAGUUGAACAGUUAUUCCCAUAUUUACAAAAAUCUUUUGGAUAUAACCAAGAUGUUUGUAAUCUUAUACUUAAAUUACUCAAUAAAGGAUUUGAAGAGACAGCUAAAAAAGUAAUGAAAACUAUGCCAAAAGUUGCUAAUGUGGAAGAUACACCAUUCAAAGGAGCAUUUUAUGUAAAACAAUUGAUGAAACUUAAUAAACCAAAUGAUGAAGUAAUCAGAGCAUGCAAAGAAUUACAAGAAGAAGAUCUAGUGCCCAAUGCCAUUUAUAUUGCUACAGAAGCUGCACUUCAAAUCGGUAGGACAGAACUGGCACAAAAUUUAUUCAAAGAACUACAAAAAGAAGGCAUUGAAUUGCGGCAACAUUAUUUUUGGCCAUUGUUAGUCCAAAAGGGUAAUGAGCAGGAUGAGGAGGGUCUUUUACAAAUCCUUCGGAACAUGGCUGCUGAAGGGAUCCCUGUAGUAGGUGAAACACUAAGGGAUUAUGUUAUACCAUAUUUAAUACAAAAGGACACACCCCAAAAUGUGAUUUUAAAACUUCAAAUUGCUAAUGUGCCCAUUAUAGUUAGCGCCAGAAAUGUUAUGGUAGCUCUUUUAGAAUUGGGCCAUACAAGUAGAGCAGCGGAAAUUGCUUUGCAAUAUCACCCGAGAGGACAGUAUGCACUGAUUGCCCGACCACUUCUUAAUGCAUUGUUUAAAACUAGAGAUAUUGAUUCCUUUGUCAGUAUAUUGCAUGUUAUUAGCAGCAGACCUCCAGUGUCAAAUGUAGAUGAAGAUGUUACUGAUGAUGUACAAAAAGAUGACAAACAAAGUAGUGUCGAAGUGGGACGUCUUGUAAAUUCAGCAGUCAGAAUCCUAUCCAAACCAGAUCUCUGUGAGAACUUGUUGCAAAAUAUAUACUCUAAAGGACUCAGCAUUAGUACAGAGUCAGCUGAAGCCAUAGAACAGUAUCUUGGUGAAAACAUGACAACAAAGUUAUCAGAGCUGCUCUCUCAACUUACAUCAUCUGAUUUAGAAGUAACCCCAGUUCAAAGCAUACGACGAGAAUCAUCCGAACCACCAUCUUCAUUACAACUAGAAAAAAUACUUCAACACAGUAAAAACAAGGGUAUUAAUACUAAAAGAAUUCAAAAGCAGUUAUUAUCUGCAUACAUCAGAGAGAAUAAUGUAACUAAAUUAAAUAAUUUCUUGCAAGAGAUAAAAGACUCAGACUUUGAAAUUUCCCCAUCAACACUUGCCCAUCUUUAUGAAUUCUAUAGUCAGAAUGAUGAAAUUGAUAAAGCCAAUGAGUGUCAAGCCCAGAUUUUAGCCAAGUAUCCUGAUUUUAAAUUAAAUAAAUUUAAGUUGAUACAAAUGGCGUUUGCCUUAGUCAGAGGUAACAGAUAUGAUGAAGCUAUUCAGUUCCUGAAGGAUAACAAACUGGAUGAAGAUGUAGAUUCUGGUUUUAUGUAUAAUUCUAAGGUUUGGCAAUUAUUGAAUAGUUUAGCUGAGAAGAAAGAUGCUGAGAAGGUUAAAGAACUUACAAAUGUAUUAAUAGAAAACAAUUAUAUAGAGCCCUCCAAUGUGUUAUUGGGUCCAUUGAUAAAGGUGCACCUACUGAAAGGUGAUGUUGAUAGUGCACUGAAGGAAUUUGAGGCUUGUUGCAAUCAGUAUAGAAGCACCCCAUGGAAGGGGGAAUUGAUGAAAGCACUCAUAAUGAAGGAAGAUGCAUCGAAACUUCAGUGGCUAGCAGACCUUAGCACACAGAUACAUGGUGAAGUGAACAUCUUACAUGACUUAGUACUCGCGUUCGUUGAAUGUGGCCGUUUGCGGCAGGCGCGCCGCAUAUUGGAGACGCCGGGUAUGCAAACGCGCCAACGGCGCCUGGACGAUGCCUGCCUGAGAUAUGUUGAGGAGGGCAAAUCAGAAUACCUUGAAGGACUACUUGAAGCUACAAAGGAACUAUCAUACAUUGACCGUUCAAAUAUUUUCUAUCACCUAUUAGUCACAUACUGCAAAGCUGAUGAAACUGAUAAAGCAAUUAGUUUAUGGACUAUUCUACAAGAAGAAGGCGAAAUACCUAGUGACAAAUUCCUGACAUAUCUUGGUAAACACCUGAAAUCUAAAAAAAGAGAGGUACCAUUUGUGAUACCUAACGAAACACCAAACAAAGUAAUAACUAAAAAAACUGAGAGUCCAAAAACGAAAAAGACUAGCUUAACAAAAGCUGAAGUAUCUAACAACAUUGAAACCCUGGUCAAAGAAGGCAAGGCUGCGCAAGCUAUGGAUGUUGCUUUAAAAUCUAUUGCAGAUGGACUUAUUCCCAAAAGUAGUGUUAUGAAAUUCAUGAUCAAGACAUUAGCUGAAGAAUCUAAUGUAGAAAAGAUACAGCUAUUGUCUAAAUAUGCAAAUGAGAACUUGAAACGUCAAAUUACCUAUGAUGAUAAACUCACUUUGGCCAUUUUCAAUCGCGGAGCUGGGGUCAGUCAUGUGGACAGUAUAUUAUCAGCUUUACAAAAUGCCACCACAGAUGAAGAUGUACAAUUAGCACUACAGAAAUUCCCGAGAAGCAAUGCAUUAGCAUCUAUUAUGACAAAUGAUGAACUUUUAAGAAAAUGUCAUACAAUAGCAACCAUUGGUGCAUCAAAGGGUCACUUAAUUCCUGCCAAUCUUUUAUGGAUGGAAUAUAUUCUGGCAGAUAAAGAGCAGGAGGCAGAUGCGUUAUGGAAGAACUCACUCGUUAAUGCUGAUGGUAUCAUAUUUAGGAGAUUAUUACAAGAAAGUCAUGUGAGAAAUGAAUCACGAUAUAUUGAAAAACUAAUAACCACUUUACAAUCCAACAAUCAUAUAUCAUUGGGUUCAUUAGGAAAUGUCUACUCGCGGUUAAUAAAUUUGCAUUUAACUAACAAUAAUUUACAAGAAGCAGGAAAUGUAUUAAAAAAGGCCAUUGAUUGUGGUGUGAGUUCUGAACAUUUUAACAAAAAUUGCGUAAAUAGACUGCGAGCAGCAUUUGAAGCGGCAGGAAAAGAAUUCAAUUAUUCAAUAUAAAUGUUUUUAAUAUAUUUUGCUAUGCAUAAUAAUUGUGUUGUGUAACAAAGUUCAUGUUUAUGACAAUCAAUAUUAUUAGACUUUAUAGUAAGCACAGAAAUUUUUAUUGUGUAUAUUCAACACAACAGUCGCAUAUAAAUGUGCAAUUAAACCAAAAGAAUAAAAAAUAGUACAGGACUUACAACAUGAAAUGCUCAAGAAGAUAAAACAAGGAACCUAUAAAGAAUUAGUUGCUACCAAACGAGAAUGAACAAUACAUUGUUUGCUUUCUCAUUAUAUACAAAAUUUGGAUUACCGGCAUAUUAACCAUAUCAGUAUACGAGCAAGUUCAUAUUAUGGAACAUCUGAUCAUGUUCGCACGCGAACAUAUUCAUAUGCUUCCAGCAAAUUCUUUAAAUAGAACAUUACAUAUACUUAAUAAAAAAUAAUUUAAAAUACCAAAUGUUAAGUCUGCUAAUUUUAAAUUGCAAUCAUUGUAGUUUUAAUAUUAUAGUGAUUAAUGUUUAUUACAUUAUUAGUUCUA